AUGGAGCAUGAUUUGAACACAUUGUUGGAAAGACUCCGCCAGGCAGAGCAGCGAGCCAGUCAGGCAGAACAGCGAGUCGAACCAAGCACCCUUCUUGGUCUUCUCGAAGGGUGUCAUGAGCUUUCUCUUGCUAUACGUGUCGAGGUAGAUGCGACUUUAACAACUCAGGGUGACCCAACCAAUCCUGUCAAUAGAUUACGGCCUAAACGCUUGGUACCUUGGGAAGGGUUUCCUGCCUCUCAGGAGGCCAUCUGGGAAGCAUUCGACAAUGAAGGCCCCGGUUUUUCCACGCAUCGCGCUUUCGCGACCAAGGAUCAACUGGAUCUCAUUCGGCAUGGUAUUCUACCAAUAAGGUCCGAACUUCAUCUUCAAUACUUCCAACGCGACACUGUGGAUAGAUUCGUAAAUUCAAUUCUAAAAGAGAUACACAAAAACGACAGACUUCGUCGGCGCUUCAAACUCCAUGGACAUCUUAGUUUCGAGGACAAUAACAAUGCCGCUGACAUGACCUCUCCACUCGAAACGUCAAUGCAACAGCUUCGAAUAGCAGAUUCGGUACAACACGUACCUUCUACCCGAGGCAGAGCACGAAGUGCACAGCGGCCGAUCCAUCGGAGACGACGCAACCGUCGUGCUGACCAGUUCUGCGUCCAUGUAAUAUCAGACGAUCAACGAGUUCCCGUGUAUGCUGUCGAACACAAAGCUCCACAUAAGCUGUCGCUGGCUGAAAUACUCGCCGGCCUCCACGAGAUGGACUUGGAGAAAGAUGUCAUUAACACGGAUGGAGAUAGCUUCGAAUACCAUGCUACUCGGCUCGUGGCAGCAGUAAUCACCCAGCUUUUCUCAUACAUGGUAGACGUGGGAGUCCAACACGGCUAUAUCUGCACCGGGGAGGCCUUCAUUUGCCUUCGGAUCACCGAAGAUCCUUCGGUUGUGCAAUACUAUUUGCUCGUCCCCAACCGGGAUGUCACUGACGGGGAUGAGCUUCGUCUACACCGAACAGCAGUUGCUCAGAUUCUGGCCUUCACGCUCAACGCCGUGCAAGCUGAUCGUCCAUCUCAGGCGUGGUACGAUGCAGCCGAUAAUUUGGACACAUGGGAAGUCGAAUACCUGGAUAUUUUGAAACAGAUACCGGAAUCGGUCCGCAAAGAGCCGCCGUCUUUCGUAUAUAAGCCCCCGUCGUGGAAACCCAUGGAUCGGUCUCCGUAUAUGCUACGACGGCGUUGUCAGCCUGACUUCCAGCCGUCACGGAAAAGCCAAAGAACUGGCGAUAAGGAUGGGCAUGGAGACGAAGCAGGAGCUUCUUCAAGCCCGCCUUCCCCUUCUCCGCCGCCUAAUAAUGCCUCUAGAAGGGCUCGAGGCGACCGAGGGCGGGGGCGGGGGCGGGGACGACGAGGACGAGGGCUAGAAUCCCAGGAAGCUAGCGGGUGCAGGCCGAAAGGAGCCGAAAAUCCAAAGAACGCGAUUCAAGACCAGUAUUGCACGAUGAAAUGCCUGCGUGGUUUGGCUAAGAAAGGCCCUCUGGAUCCUCAAUGUCCGAACGUCAAAAGACACGGACAUCUAGUCCACAAGAUCAACGCUCGUGAUUUGACGCGUCUCCUGUCUGAUCAAUUAUCGCGCGAUCGGGAAAUUGGUUUCGAGCAGCUACAUAUCGUCGGUAGGACUGGUUUCCUCUUGAAAGCCACCUUAUUAUCCCAUGGAUACACUGUGGUUCUGAAAGCCACCAACGCUGAGCAACUUCCAAGCCUCGGGCAAGAAAUCGAAGCCUACCAUCAUCUCCGCUCUCUUCAAGGCACACAUGUUCCAGUAUGCGUGGGGGAUUUCGCUCCGCGCGUUCGGUACUGGUACCACGGCCACUUGAUGGCGCAUAUGCUUAUUUUAAGCUGGGCAGGUAUUAGAGCGAACAAGGUUAUGACUGAGCAGACUGCUCCUACUUUCCGAGAGCAGCGCAAUGAGGUCUUGGAAAAGAUUAGUGCGUGUGGUGUCAUUCAUAGCGAUCCAGAAUGGCGCAAUAUACUUUGGAACGAAGAGACUGGCGGCCUCGUGAUUAUUGACUUUGAGUCGCCUCCAAAGAAGUCUGGCAGCAGACGGGAAAUAUUUCGGGCAAGACAAAAACCAACAUCUCGGUUACCAUUAGGUGCAUUGCCGGGCAAUCUAGUAGCCCAGGAGUCCACUUUUCCCAGAAAGACAAAUCAAACCGGGCAGUAA